AUGGAAGAACCAAUCAAGACGACUAAAGCAACAACUGCGACAGCACAAUCGCAGAUAAGCACUGCCCAAAAACAGUCUGUGGCAUCGAAAUUUGCCCAACCUCAACUACCUAAAGCAGAAACUGCCCCGAAAACAACGCCAUCAAGCGGCAUUCCAAAGCCAACACAGCUCACAAGUCCAAUCGAGGCAGCUGCGGCCAGCAUAAUGAAAGGAGUACCGCGGAAAGCGGUUGGCACCCCUUCUCCGACACCUCAAAAAACCCCCGUUUCUAGUAGUGCUGAAGUAAAGAAGGAUUCUGCGCCGAGGAAGCAAUCUGGUGAGGGCAAGUUUUAUUCUGGUCUGGCGGCAUUUGCUGAGAAGUUCGAUAAGCCCGUUGGAACUGGAAUUGGAGCGGCGUCAACGCAAGUGAAACAACAGCAAAGUGCUAAGCCGAGUCCUUUGAGUGCUUCCACUGCCUCGAAACAACUUCCGUCCACGUCCACAGCUCAAAGUCCGGCUACUACUCCGGUACCCAAAAAAGAUGAGAACAUUCCGGCACAUCGACUAGAUCCUGAACGACGAAAGAGUGAGAUUAAGUGUGAUGGCGCUGCUGCGAAUCGAAUCAAACGAGUAUGUUGGUUGCGAUGUUGA